AUGCCAUACUAUGCAGUAGCAAAAGGAAGAAAGUCUGGCGUUUAUUCUAAUUGGAACGACUGUAAGGAUCAAGUGAAUGGGUAUAGUGGAGCUUCGUUUAAGAAGUUUAAUACUGCUGCUGAAGCUAGAUUGUUUGCUUCUGGCGGGGGUGGAAGCUCCAGUGAAGGCGGGCUUAGUGGGGGAAGAUCCACUGGAAACAACGCGUCUUUAUCUUAUCGUCGUGGCGGCUAUAGUAGAUCCUCAAGUUCAAGUCCAAGAGUUUCAAAGCCACCCAAUGCUGGAUCUUCCUCCUUUUCUUCCUCAGCAACAAAAUCUUUCAGAAUCUACGUUGAUGGAGCAUCAAGAGGCAAUGGCCAAUCCAAAUCAGCACCUUCUGGAUAUGGUGUCUACUAUGGUCCCGGUGACUCCCGUAAUGCGGCAGUUGGAUUACAUGAAGUUGAUAAUAUAAAUAAAUACACACCAACUAACCAACGGGCAGAAUUACAUGGAAUGAAGCAUGCAUUAACCAACAUCAAAGACGAUUUGGCUAAUGGUAACUCCUCAACUUCUUCGUCACCAAGGUAUGAUAUUUACAGUGAUUCGAAAUAUGCUAUUCAAUCCAUUAAUGAAUGGUCAGAUAAAUGGCAACUGAAUGGAUGGAAAACUUCAACGGGACAACCAGUUGCAAAUUCCGAUUUGAUUAAAGAUGCGGUUCAAUUGAAAAAUGAGAUUAACCAGUUGUAUCGUGAACGAGAUUGGAAGCCUUUGGAGUUUCAUCACGUUAAGGGUCAUUCUGGGGAUGUCGGGAAUGAAGCUGCUGAUCGGUUAGCUAAUCAAGGUGCUGAUAAGAUGGAAAAGUAG